AAGUGCGACUGCGAGUCUGCGACCUUUUCUUAGGACAAUUUUUAUCCGGUUAUAUGUGACGCUCAAUUUAUAAAGUAGUUUCGUCGGAAGUUUUUUUAAAGGUCAAAAAUUCAGAAUUUUAGUAGUUUAGGUGGGCGAAGCGAUAAUUUAUUCACGAAACUUUUAGGUCAAAAAGAAGGCGGCGCCACCAAACAGCCAUUGCGAUUGCCAUUGCCGAGGAGCGACUAACGGCCGAGAAACUAAAAUGGAGAGCAGCCUCGCUACCACCAUUACUCGAAUUUCUUUUCUGUCUCCUCUUCCUUCUAUUGAUGUUUCUACACUUCCUCAUGUUUCCCCGCUCUCUUUCUCCAUCAGAAAACCUAUGUCUUCUUUAUCGCUCAUGCAUCGGAAGCUAAUACUAAUGGCUUAUGACAAUAUCCGACCUACUCCAUUGGUGAAAUGUAAUGCUACAUUGUCAGACACUUUCAGUGAAACACCCAAAUUAGCCAAUAUUGAUUGGGACAACCUCGGCUUUGGAUAUGUGCCAACUGAUUACAUGUAUGUUAUGAAAUGUGCACGAGGUGAAAGCUUCUCCAAAGGUGAAUUAAGGAGAUUUGGGAACAUUGAAAUGAGCCCCGCUGCUGGGAUUUUAAAUUAUGGCCAGGGACUAUUUGAAGGCUUAAAAGCCUAUAGGACAGAAGAUGGUAACAUCGUACUUUUUCGUCCUGAUGAGAAUGCAAUGCGAAUGAGAGCUGGUGCAGAGAGGAUGUGCAUGGCUGCACCUACCGUUGACCAAUUUCUGGAAGCCGUUAAAGAGACAGUUUUAGCAAAUGAACGUUGGAUCCCCCCUGCUGGUAAAGGGUCGUUAUACAUCAGGCCACUGCUCAUGGGUAGUGGUUCAGUUCUAGGGAUUGCACCAGCUCCAGAGUUUACCUUUCUAAUUUAUGUGUCACCUGUUGGUAAUUACUUCAAGGAAGGUCUUGCACCCAUAAAUUUGGUGAUCGAGACUGAUUUUCAUCGUGCUAGUCCUGGUGGAACUGGAGGAGUCAAAACUAUUGGCAAUUAUGCAGCAGUCCUCAAAGCUCAUACAGCUGCCAAAGCCAAAGGUUAUUCUGAUGUACUCUACCUGGACUGUGUACACAAGAAAUAUCUGGAGGAAGUGUCAUCUUGUAAUGUUUUUGUUGUAAAGGGUAAAGUGAUAACUACUCCUGCCAUAAAGGGAACCAUUCUUCCUGGGAUUACAAGGAAAAGUAUAAUUGACAUUGCUCGCAGCCUAGGUUUUGAGGUUGUGGAGCAGCUUGUGUCAGUGGAUCAACUUCUCAGUGCUGAUGAAGUGUUUUGUACAGGCACUGCAGUGGUGGUAUCACCUGUAGGCAGCAUUACAUAUAUGGAUGAAAGGACCUCUUUUGGAGAUGGGAAGGUUGGGCCCGUGGCACAGCAACUUUACACUGCACUUACUAGACUACAAAUGGGCAAUGCAAAAGAUAACAUAGGUUGGAUUGUCAAACUUAAGUGAAGAAUGUUAUCUGAUAUUUGUUCUUUUGUGUAAUAUACUCUGCGGAAAAUAUCAACUGUUAUUCAUCUACUAUGUUAUAAAGAUUGUCUAGUUGUCUACCAAUUCAUAACACUAUGGGCUUAUGGCCGAUUUCCAACCUUGAGGUACCUAUUUUAUUGCAAAACAAACUUCUCAUGAACUCUAUUAAGUAAAUAACAUAAUUAUUCCAUCUCAUAUGGAUGGCAAUGGCCCCAAUGAGUCUAGCGUUGCUAA